UCUAUCUGCCACGAUUUUCUUUUUUCUGGCACUUCCGAUUCGGUGCGAGUUGUGGUAGGUUGCUCUCGCUCCCGCGGACAGAGCAGUCACAUCAGGGUUAUCACAGUCCGGCACGACAAGGGACAUCACUGACAACCAAGAACAAGCUGUGAAAUGUGUGGAAUCUGGGCCUUGUUUGGCAGUGAUGAGUGCCUGUCAGUUCAGUGCACUAGUGCCAUGAAGAUUGCUCACAGGGGCCCUGAUGCCUUCCGCUUUGAGAAUGUCAAUGGCUUCACCAACUGCUGCUUUGGCUUCCACCGGCUGGCCAUUGUGGACCAGCUGUAUGGCAUGCAACCUUUACGAAUCAAGAAGUUUCCUUUCUUGUGGCUCUGCUACAACGGAGAAAUUUACAACCAUCACACGCUGAGGAAGCAGUUCGAGUUUGAUCAUCAGACUAAUGUGGACGGUGAGAUUUUGCUCCACCUGUAUGACCGCUUUGGCAUCCAGAAGAUGGCUUCUCUGCUGGAUGGCGUGUUUGCUUUCGUUCUGCUGGACACUGCCAACAGGAAAGUCUUUUUGGGACGGGAUACGUAUGGUGUGCGUCCUCUGUUCAAACUCCUCACAGAUGAUGGAUUCCUUGCAGUCUGCUCAGAGGCUAAAGGUCUUACAGACAUUACCCAUGCAAUGGCCACCCCUGCCAACAUUGUCCCUUUUCUUCCUGGGCACUUUGAGGCCUUUGAUUUAAAGCAGAAUGGCAAAGUUCACUCUAUUCAAAUGGAAAGGUUUCACUGCUGCACACAAGAGCCUGCACAUGCCAUGUAUGACUCCUUGGAGAGACUACCUACAAGCUUUGACGAGGAAGCAGUGAAAAGCAACAUCAGAACCCUGUUUGAGAGUGCUGUAAGGAAACGUCUAAUGGCUCAAAGGAGAAUUGGUUGUCUUCUGUCAGGUGGUCUGGACUCCAGUUUAGUCGCUGCUACACUGGUGAAACUGGCCAAAGAGGAGAAGCUGCAGUAUCCCAUCCAGACUUUUUCAAUUGGCUCAGAGGACAGUCCAGAUGUCAUAGCUGCUCGCAAGGUUGCAGCUCAUAUUGGCAGUGAACACCAUGAGGUAAACUUCACUGCGGAAGAAGGCAUCCAAGCAGUCGAGGAAGUGAUCUACCACUUGGAGACAUAUGACAUCACUACAAUACGUGCCUCUGUUGGGAUGUACUUGGUUGCAAAAUACAUCAAGCAGAAGUCAGACAGUGUGGUGAUCUUCUCUGGAGAGGGUUCUGAUGAGCUGACUCAGGGAUACAUUUACUUUCACAAGGCUCCAACAUCCAAAGCAGCAGCAGAGGACAGUGUUCGUCUGUUGAAGGAACUCUACCUGUUUGAUGGUCUCCGUGCUGAUCGCACCACUGCUGCACAUGGUCUGGAGCUCAGAGUGCCCUUCCUGGACCACAGAUUCACAGCAUACUACCUCUCCCUGCCUGAGGAGAUGAAGAUUCCUCGGCAUGGAGUGGAAAAGUACCUUCUGAGGGAGUCCUUCAAAGGCCUCAACUUGAUCCCUGAGGAGAUCCUGUGGAGGCGUAAAGAAGCCUUCAGUGAUGGUAUGAUGUCAAUGAAGAAGUCCUGGUACACCUACCUGCAGGAACACCUACAAUCCAUGGUGAACGAUGAUCAGAUGGAGAAGGCUCACAAGACGUUCCCUCACUUGCCUCCAUGCAACAAAGAGGCCUACUACUUCAGACAGGUGUUUGAAAAGUCCUAUCCAGGUCGGGCUGAGUGGCUCUCCCAUUACUGGAUGCCUCGCUGGAUCAAUGCCACUGACCCCUCAGCCCGGACCCUGUCUAUCUAUAAACCAGAUAAAGACCAGUGAUGGACGGAAACGGUUUAGUACCUUAGUCUUUCUGUCAGCUUUAGGAUGACCUUUUUUAUAUUCUACAUGUGCUAUUUGUAGCUUUGUUUAAUUUAACUUACAAGAACAUUUUACUUACCAGGAUUUAAUUUGGGUAAUUUUGCUCAUUUUCAGAUGUAGCUGUAUUUUUGUCAUACUCAUUUAUUUCUUUGGGGACGUGUCAUAGCUCAGUAGCCAUUUGAAAGUCACAAGGCUGAUGUAUGUGCUUCAGCUGCACCCUGUUCUUUUUAGAUAUCAUUUUUUAAAAAUCUUUCUUCAACCUGCUACAGGCUCUUUUAAACUUAACUCAUUUCUGCUUUCAAAACAGUAACACCUUGAACAUCUGCAAUGUAGUGAAAACAGCAAGUUGGCAGCCUUUGCCAUUGGCCUGUUCAGCAUUUGCACUGCUGUACACUGAAGUUAAAACUCUAUGUAGUAAGGUACGAGAAGAAAGAUAGAAGAUCUCAGGAAAUAGCACAAAAAGAAGCCUUGGGUUGCAGUGAGAGAAGAGAAUACUGAGCUGUUAGAUUAAAAUGAAAUACAAUCAGUUUGAUGAUCACAAAAUCAGUAGAUGUCACCUAAAACAUGUCUAGUGUCAAUAACAUUAAUUGAAAUAUUAAACUGAAUAUAUAUAUAUAUAUAUCUUUAAGCAAGAUAACAAAGUGAUAAUAUAAAAAGUAAAAUAAACAGACGGGUCAGAUAAAAAAAAAAGAAUUGCUUUCUGGUAGAAGUCGCUUUCAGAAGGAUCUUAAAAGAUGACACAGACUCAGACAGCCUUAUUUCCUCUCCAGCUUUGGAAUAACUUCCUGAUUUUUGAUCAGGAUCUGGUCUGAGGUGGUGAAGUAUGAAAAAAAGUUAUAAUUUUUGCAUUUACUCAAAUCAGAUUGAUGUUUCACAAAUCUGUUAUAAACUAGUCUAGAUUUGACAAGUCUGGGAAUAGUGCUUUUUAAACAGGAACUGGGCCAAUGAGGUGUAGAUGGUUUUAGAUGGUUUGUAUUUUCACAAAUAAAAUAAAGGUUUCCCACAUUUGAAGGUGAAUUUAAGACAAUUGUGAUGCUUUAUCUGGAAUGUUGAACUUGAUUUCACAACAGUAAAUGCCUGAACUGUUUGCUCAGCACUGUAAUUCAAUUCCCCCAUAAGCUUCCCCUUAACUGUCAAAUUGACACAAUAAAAUAACUGAUUAACAGUA